UACACAUCUGAUAUAUAAAAAAACCCAACGUUUGCAAACCUCGCUAUAUUUAUGAGCAGAAGUUAAUGAGUUCGAUUGAACACGCAGAACGGAAGCCAGUUACCGAUAUAUCGAAUCCGCCUACGACAGAAGGGCAAUCAAGGUCAAAGUAUAACACUAGAUCAUCGCAGAGAAGCGCAAAAAUGCCCGAAACGGACAAUGAGCAACCGAAAGGUCUAGCGGAGGCCACUGGAAGUCAAAUAGGAAGGCAGAGUAAGGAGAAAAUUGAGAGUACAGCAGAAAAGCAGAACAGAAAAAGUGCAGAAAAAAUAGCGGAAAAUAACCAAAUGCUUCAGCAGUUAGUUCAAUUGUUAACCCUAAAAAUACAAGCUGACGAAGUAAGACAAAACAACACGAGAAUAGUGGCGGAAGAUUUUGCGAAGAUUAUUCCGGAGUUUGAUGGUCAUAACAUGCCGGUAAAGCAAUGGUUCAACAAUUUCGAGAUCAAUGCGGCGGCAUAUGGUCUGGACACAAAACAAAAGUAUGUCCAAGCACGCGCGAAAAUGACCCGCACCGCUAAACUUUUUUUGGAAGGAACAUUUGUGUAUGAAUACGCCGAACUUCGUAAGCUGUUGGAGGAAGAAUUCGAACGUGAAUUUAUAUGCAGCGCAGAUAUACACGAACAGCUGCGUGGACGGAAGAAACAUGAAGACGAGAGUUUCCGUGAGUAUAUUCUGCAGAUGAAGAAAAUCGCAUCUCUUGGCGUAGUUGAUACUGCAUCAGUAGUUCGUUACAUUGUUGACGGACUAAACUUAAAAACUGAUUUUAAGUACAAGCUGUAUGGCUGCAAAACCUACAAAGAACUGCAAGAAAGUUAUGAUGUUUACGAACGUGUUGCUGAAAGCGGAACCGGUGAAAAAGCUGAGAAGCAGAAACAAGCAUUUAAGAAAAGUUGGCAAAUGCAGGCAAAUAACGAAAGAAGGCAGCACUGCUAUAAUUGUGGAUCGGUAGACCAUUUACGCAAAGAUUGCAAAGUGGGUACAAAAUGUUUUCGCUGCAAUCAGAGUGGCCAUAUGUCAAGAAGUUGUCCGAAUUCAGCGGCUAAUGUCAGAAUAGUGCAAAACUCAAAACGCCUGAAGAAGAUUAAAAUUAACAACGUGGAGGUAAACUGCUUGGUUGACACGGGCGCAGACGUCUCGAUCCUAAGACGACAUAAUUGCAGCAAAAUGAACAUAAGCGGCAUACAGGGCAGCGCCUCCAACCUACGAGGGUUGGGUAAUAAACUUAUUCGACCUGUUGGCUGUUUUGUAGCAGACGUUGAAGUUGAUGGUAUGCAGACGUUACAAAAAUUUGUUGUGGUGGCCGACAGAGAUAUUGAGUACGACGCAUUAUUGGGUUACGACUUUAUUAGCAAAUUUAAUUUCAUAUCGACGUUGGGCGGAUAUAAGUUUUUGCCUCUGCUGGGGGAAGAAACUUUCGACAACACAAAUCAGCUAAUACAAGCAAGAUGUGCGCCUAAUGAUUGAGAGCUACCAACCGGCCGAAGUUACUGCCGAGUGCCCAGUAAAAUUAAAGAUAAUACCCGAUGGAAACAUUGUACCAUUUCGACAUUCGCCAAGUCGCCUUCCUGUGACCGAAGCCGAAGCAGUAAAGCAGCAGAUCGACGAGUGGCUGGACGCAGACAUUGUACGGCAGUCCACCUCAAAUUUCGCCAACCGUAUCGUUGUGGUGAAGAAAAAAAGAUGCCACCUAUAGGAUCUGCAUUGAUUUUCGCAAACUAAAUACGAUGGUACUGAAAGACUGUUUCCCGGUUCCGGUAAUGGAUGACGUGCUCGAAAAGCUACAGAAAGCGAAGUAUUUCACUGUAAUGGAUUUGGAAAACGGCUUUUUCCACGUCCCAAUUGAGGAAAGUAGCCGCAAA